UGGCGGCAAGGUCAGAUUGCUACUACGCGCGCUCUUUCUUUACCUGUUGCGUAUGACAACAUACGCGUGUGCGAUUGUUUGAUUCGCUCGGAGAUACGUAAAAGUAAGAAUUUAACGCAGGCUAUUACACGUUGUUCGUAUAAGUAUUUCAAAGGAGAGUGUAUUUCGGUGUUUAAAGUGUGAAAUGGUUAUAUUACGUACGCGCAUUUAUCACUCGUGCAUAGUAUAACCUAAAAUUGAACCUGGGGAGUGAAGUUGACGCCGGUGCGCGCCAAAUAUCAUAAUUACGAAAUGUGGCGGUACCAGUUGCAUCGUCACUAACAAUAAGCUACUGUUAUUGUCGUCGCUAAAUCGACUUUUUUCGCAGGCUAAUGAAUUAUGCACAUUAUUUACUGUAAUAACUGUGCCAUAUGUGAGAACUAUCAAUAGUUUGGAAUAUAUAUUUGGCAUUGAAAAUUUUGCAAUAUUUAAUAUUUGAAUAUGGAAGAUUAUCUUUCUGCUGAGCUUACAGCCACUUGCGCUGUACUUGGAUACUUUGACGGAACUGAUUACCACUUAGACAAAAAUUGUUUAGAUGUUAUAAAAGAUCUUAUCAGAUAUCUUAGAAGAGAUGAUGAUACACAUACUAUCAGACGUUUUCUUGGUCGAACAAAAUUAUUACAAACAGAUCUUGUAAAGAUUUUUAUACAUCAUGUUAAAUAUACUGAACUCUGGGAUGUUUUAUUACGAUUACUUAUUAAUUUAACAAGUUCCACAUUUGUAAUUUACAAUGAGCAGAUACCAACUGAAAAAACAAUGUAUAGUUUAUACCAACAAAUAAAUUCACAUUUACAAGAAUAUAAGGCAGCAUUAACCGAUGAAAAUGUGUGGUUAACAGUAGCUGGACGGUUGGGAAUAUUACUUAAUAUUGAUAGUACGGAAAGGGGGGAGGAAAAUGAAUUAACAAUUGAAAGAAUACUUGUUUUUAUUAGAAAUGUAUUGCAAGUACCACCUAAUGAUAAUGAUAAAAGAGGUGAUAAUGAUGCUACUGUUCAUGAUGAGAUAUUAUUUGCGUUUCAUGCGUCAGAUAUAGUGGAUAUACUGUUGUUUAUUGUCAGUAAUAAUAAGGAACAACAAUAUCACAUGCAAAUUUUGGAGAUUAUAUCUUUGAUGUUACGUGAGCAAAAUGCAAGCCAACUGGCUGCAUCUGGUUUGCAACGCAGUACUGCUGAAAAAGAAAAUGACGAGGCUAAACUUGUAGCAUUACGAAAAAAGGAAUUACACGAAAAGAUAGACAAAAUAAAAAAAUAUGCUGGAUCUAGACAUUCACGAUUUGGCGGUACUUACAUUGUGCGGAAUAUGAAAGCAACCGGAGAAAACCAAAUGAUAUGUCAUAAACCGUAUCAAAAAAUCGAAACCUUGGAAUUUGGUCACAAUAAGAAAAGAGUGAAGCGACGUAAAGACAAAAUGGGCGUACAGGACGCUAAAGUGGAACGUACAUCUAUUCUCAGUGUACGACUUUUUCUGAAAGAAUUUUGUGUAGAGUUUCUUAGUGGAGCAUACAAUCCCGUAAUGAAAUUCGCUAGAUCUUGUAUUAUCAACGUUACUCACAGCGAAGCAUCUGAAACGACUUCCUAUCUGUGGGCUUUGCGUUUUUUUAUGGAAUUCAAUCGCCAUUACAAGUUUGAAGUGAAAUAUGUGAGCGAAACAAUAUCCACAGAAGUGUUUUAUUUAGUACAAAGGCAAAUGGAACAAUAUUACGAGAUGAUGAUAACCGAUAAGAAGAAGAUACCGCUUUGGUCUCGUAGAUUGCAUUUAGCAUUAAAAGCAUAUCAGGAACUUCUUAAUACUCUUAUGGUAAUGGAUAAGAGUAUAGAUUACGGUGUUAGGGAAUCCAGCAAAAUAAUUAAAAGCAACAUCUUUUAUGUCCCGGAAUAUCGGGAAACGAUACUCUCUCAGCUUUUGUGCUUUGACGAAACUAAAAUGUCACGGCAGUACUUAGUGGACCUUAUAACGACUGUUCACAUAUUUUUGAAAAUGCUCGAACAUUUUUGCCAGAAAGGCCAACGGCACCUCGUGGUUCAACAAACGCAGCUAAAGCGAAAAAAGGCUAAAAAACGAAAAAAGCCUGCUCAUCAGGAGAAUGUAAUUCCGGCUCCUACUUUGGAAGAACGUUGGGACAUUAUUAGUCCUGAAUUAUCUGCUGUAAUGCGAGAUGCUGUCAUACCAGAAGUGAUACCAUUUGACGCAACCUUAGAUACGCCUAUUGACGAUCAGAAAUCAGAUGCCAUGAAGAAAAUACAGAAAUUAAUGCGGCAAAAGAACUUAGAACAGGCGCUUGGUCUCUUACGUGCAGCAAGAGAGAUCUGGUCCGAGAAUGAUUGCUUUUGAAGAGCGGAUAUGCCUCCCGAGGAAGAAUUUCUGGCUCUACGAGAAAUUUUCUUUGCAAAUUUGGGAGUAAUAGAAGAUCAGCCUGUCACUCAAGAAGUAAAUGAGAAUGGAGAUAUUGAAAAUUCUGUAAAUCAUGAACCAGACGAAGAAGAGACUGAUGAGGAAGAAGAAGAAGAAGAAACUGUUUUCCGCGAGACUGAUUUUAAAUUGGAUGAAUUUCUUCAAAGGUUCGCCAACAUAAAGGCUGUUAAAGCUUUAGCAUUGCUACUGCAAAAAUUUGAGGACAAUACGGUCGAAGUAAAUCAUUAUGUAAUAAAAAUGCUACAUCGAAUUGCUUGGGAUUGCAAAAUGCCAGCCAUGAUAUUCCAAGCGUCCAUAUUUCGGAUCUUUCAAAGAAUCUUUGAGUCAAAAGAUUCUGAACACAAGGAGCUCCAAAAGUUCGCGGUCUUCAUAAUCCGCCGUUUCAUCGAAGUCGCCCAGAAGAACCGGAAGUCGUACAUGGAGCUGCUCUUCUGGAAGACCACCCGUGACGCGACAGAAAUCGUGGAUGGCUACAACGCGGAAACGAGUAACAAGAAAGUUUCACGAGCAGUCUGGACGGAAGCUGAAGAGGACGAGUUGCGUGCUCUCUUCAUGGAGCAUCAGACUAACAAAUACCCUCAAGACCUGAUUGACUGGUUAUUGGAGCACAUCAUCAACGAAAAUAGAACGCGGCGUACCAUCAUUAAAAAACUCAAAGAAAUGAGUUUAAUUGUCAAUUCUAAGAACGUACGAGCUGAGGUACAAAAGAGGUUGCCUAAGGAAUGGUCUGAGGAAGAAAUUACCCAGCUUACGGAACUUUGGACACAGUUCAAGGACGAUGACGAUCCCGUGGAUUUGAUUUUCACCGGUCUUAGAAUAAAGCGGCCGAAGCCGAAGAUCAAGGAAAAGCUUUUGGAAUUAGGAUUGGCGCAGGAUCGCAAGGAGCUGCGCAAAAAACGGGCCAGAAAAAGCAACCAGGGUAAAUCGUCGUGGGAAACGCAAGCUGCCAGUAAUUCUGACGGGAACGAAAGUUCAUCCACCGACGACGAAGACGACGAAGAAACUCGAAAAUCCUCGAAGCGCGGCGGCGCGACUCGUCGGAGCGAGGAAUCGACGAAAAAGAAGCAACGGAACAGGCGGAAGCUACCGACGAUCGUUUACACGGAUGCACAAUUAUCCGGUCUCUUGAAGGACGUCAUCGACAGGGACAUGAGAGAGGCGUUGGAAUGGAUCAAGGAAUCCCUGCAAGACAUUCUGGACGAUCGUGACGAGGAAAGCUCCGAGGGCAUACCCUUGGUGCCGCUGACAGAUUACUCGUCGACCGCGAUGGAUUCACCGAGUUUUCAAAAGCUUCUCCGUGCCCUGGGAUUUGUGCCACCGGCUGAUGCCCAGGAAUCUUAUUGGCGUAUGCCGGCGAAUAUGCUUACAGCUACAAUUCAGAAACGCUACAAACUCAUCGAAGACGUUUUAGCCGGCAAAUUUGUCGUCGAGGAAACACGACCAGAACCACGCAAGGAUCAUUCUGAUACUGACGAAAAUAUGGACGACAGUGGAGACGAUGUUGAUGUAUUUGAGAAUGUUAAGAAGUUCUUUGUACCCACAGAACCGAAACCAUCAACUUCUAAACAAUCAAAACCGUGCACUAAGAUUCAGUUAUCACAGGAAUCUAAAGAAUUAUCGCAAUUAAACGAAGAAAGCGAUGAAGCAGAAGUUGAAGAAAAAAAUGAUGAAACAAAAGUUACCGAAAAAAAUAAUGAAGCAGAAGUUGCAAAAAAAACUAAUGAAGAUGGCAUAGGCAAUGUGAGAAACCGCGUAAGAAUGUUCGAUGAUUCCUCCGAUUCGGAAAUGGAAAUUCAAAGGAGCAUUGAUGGUAAAAACGAUGAUACAAAGAGGGAUAGAUCCGAUUCUUCCGAUACAGAUAAACCGUCCAGUAAGAAACGUCGAUUACUUGAUAGCGACGAGGAAGUAGAAUCGUUAAAAGAUGAUAAUGCUAAAACAAAUGGCUCUCGCGUAAUAAUUAGUGAUGACGAAGAAUCUCCAUUGUCUAAUGUACCAUCUGAGCGACCUAAAUUAUCUCGCGUAAUAAUCAGUGAUGAAGAAGAUUAAAAAGGAACGCGUUUAUUAUCUAAUACAAUUUUUCAAAUAUUCAAAAUAUUAAAUAUUUAAAAUGUUUUAGAUAUAGUAUAUACUAUAAUAUAUUAUUUUAAUGCCUUUUUCAAUUCUAAUAAAAAUCAAACAUAUGUUAUUGAUUAUCCCUGUGAAAAAAUAUGCAUCGCUGAAAAUAAAAGUUGCAAAAACAAAAAAAAAAGA